UUAGAAGGGGUUAGGGUGGUGGGGGGGGAUUUCGGUAAGGCCAUUUUCUUGCCGCUUGUUUCCUUUCGUGCAAUAAUACAGAGUAGGACCGGAAACAUUUGACAGCGAAUAGGAAGUUAACUAGCCGUCUAGCAGUCAUGUCGAGCAAAAAUCUAUUUCAGACAGAGUUAUUUCACAUUAUGGGGUUGUACGUUGAAACAACGGUUAGGGAGAUGGAGAGACUCCUCGACGAGUGUGCUGCUGUUUUGGAGAAUGAAGAGAAUAGUUUACUGAAGAGAGAAAUGGAGCGUGUGAAUACAACCAACACGUCAGUCGUUCUCAACCUUUCAGAUCAAGUUUGCGUCAUUCAUGGAAGUGUUGAGUCAAGGCUUGAUGGAGAAAAUGUCACUGCUGAUGAUGAUGGACGAAACGGAGGUAAGAGCUGUGGAGAAGACUGGUGGAGGAGGUGAGAGCUGUGGAGAAGAUGGGCGCUUCAGUCGGGAACUAGCAAUACAAAAAGUAGCAGUAAAGGCAACAACCAAGAUGACCCUCUCUGUUACAAAUGAGAUGUCUUCUUCUGAGUCUGAUAAUAAGGAGGAGGACCUUGACCUUGCCCCCCUGUCCUCACCUUCAUCGGACGAGGAAUGCCUAAUUGAGGUUGAUCCCAGUCAGCAUGCUGACCCAUCUGCAUCAUACCCAGAUAAACAAGGCCCAGCUAGGAAUGGAGAAGAUGUCCAAUGUGGGGAUUCUGCAGAUGCCGCACACCAAGGACCCCUCAACUGUUCCCAUUGUGGAAAAUGUUUCAAGAAGAAAGGGUUUCUGACGAGACACGUUCAGUCUCAUACAAAACCCUACAGCUGUUCUCCAUGUUGGAAAGGUUUUAAUCUGGCCAAACAGCUUGAGGAACAUUCCGUUAAACAACGCAUAGAGAACACCUUCAGUUGUAACGACUGCAGUGCGGUGUUUCACCGUAAAUGUACUUUGCAGUCCCACUUGAAGGGUCACUUAACGGAGGAAACGGUCACAUGUACAGUUUGUGAAAGAAAGUUUCUAGGGAAAAAAAGACUGGAGUGGCACAUGUGCAAUGGACGGAAAAUAUUCAGCUGCUCUUCCUGCCCAGAGAUCUUAAAGACCAGAGAAGGGUUGUCUUAUCAUGAGGAGACGCAUUCAGAGGAGAGGAAAUAUAGCUGUGAAACAUGCAGCAAAACGUUCUUAACCACUGUGUCCUUAAAAACCCAUAUGAUGUCUCAUAAAGAGAAGGAUCAUAGUUGUACUGUAUGUAGCCAAUGUUUCAGCCAUGCACCUGCUCUCAGAAAGCAUAUGUUGGUUGCCCAUCCUGGAGAAAUGCCUGAAAAACAUUGCAUUUGCAGUGUGUGUGGUAGAUGUUUCGCCAAAAGGAACCAUCUGUAUAAACAUAUGAGGACACACAAGGAAGAGAGACCUUUUUCUUGCGAUGUUUGUGGCAAGAAAUGUAAUUCUUCCGGUAAUCUCAGCAGACACAAGAGAACUCACACAGGCCAGAAAUUGUAUUGCUGUGACCUUUGUGAUAAAAGCUUCACCCAGUCCGGAACCCUGAAGACUCAUAAACUAAACGCGCACACUGACGGUGAAGAAAAGCCUUCUUUCAAGUGUGAGAUUUGCGGGGAUGUUUGUUCAAGUCAUUAUACUCUAAAGAAUCAUAUGGUCACUCACACAGGGAAGAAACCAUAUCAUUGUAGCGUUUGUGGGAAAGGUUUCUUUAGCAAUCAUCUUCUUAAAGUUCACAUUCACAUUCACACAGGGGAAAAACCAUUUGAGUGUGAUCAAUGUGGGAAGAGGUUCAGCCAGAAAAGUCAUCUAAAAUAUCACGAGCGUGUGCACACCGGUGUCAAAGCGUUCGUGUGCGGCAUCUGUGGGAAGGCCUAUGCAAAUAGACAGAAUCUGAAACUCCACAAGUGCAGCGCUUCUGCAAAAUUGUAGUUCUUUAGCGCCACAGCUAAUUAAGUUUUAUUUUUGAAUGGACUCAUUCAUUCAUGUUCCUCCAUGUGAAGUGAAAAUACAAAGGGUCACUCUAAGGAAAAUGUAUUUGUUGUUCCUGUUGUUAUGACUGUGCUCCAUUCUGUGUCCUAGCACCAGACAGACGGUGCAGUAGCUUGCUCUUUAUCACAAUGUCACUGUGGGUCACUGAAUGUAUUGAUCCUGCUGAUUCCAAUAAGAGACCUUCAUAUUGUUGGAGUCUCUUAUUGAUUUUUGUUUUUGUGUUUGUGUAUUCAUUAUCAAUCAAUAUUUCAGCUCAAUUUCCAAUGUCAUCUGGUCGGCGUGUGUUUUGUUUACUGAGGUUGUUAUGAAUGUAACUCUCUUAGGAUAAUGUCUGUUUGCUUUGAUAUCUAGAUGAUAUCAAUUUUUUCCUGCUUAAAUAUACUUUUUUGGGACAAUCAACAGAGAAAUCAGAUGACAGCAAUAGUGAUUUUUACCCCAGCAUCAUUGGUUAGGCUUUAGAUUAAAGUAUUCUGUAUAAAUAAUGCAUAAACCAAUGACUCCGUAUUCAUUUAUCCUCCAAGUCACACUGUAUUGCGCUAUCUCUCUCAGCAUGUUAUGAGUACAAUGGGAUUCUAUAAGAUCUCUGGCAACAUAUUAUGCUGAACAAAAAUAUAAACGCAACAUGUAAAGUGUUGGUCCCAUGUUUCAUGAGCUGAAAUAAAAGAUCCCAGAAAUGUUCCAUACGUA